AUGAGUGAGCUCCGCCAGCCGGAGGCAGACUUUCAGACCCCAGUCCCGGCCCAGGGCCUGGUGGAGGCACAGCUGUUGGGGGCUGAGGGGGAGGAGGCCGUAUCCCCCUCGUCCUCCUCUUCUUACUCUGACCUCCCCCAAGAUGAGGAAGGGCCGAGCACCUGGCAUGACCAGGAAGAUGUGCUCCAACAUGCUCUAUGUCAGAAGGUGGAUGAACUGGUGGCGUUCCUGCUGUUCAAGCAUCAGACCAAGGAGUCGACCACAAAGGCAGAAAUGCUGACCAUCCUCAAAGAUUACCAGGACCACUUCCCCAUGGUCUUCAGGCGAGCCUCCGAGGACAUGCGGCUGAUCCUUGGCCUCGACGUGAAGGAAGUGGACCCCAGCAAUCACUCCUAUGUCCUCGUCCCCACCCUGGGCCUCACCUACGAUGGGAUGCUGAGUGACAGGCCGAGCAUGCCCAAGACCGGCCUCCUGGUGCUGCUCCUGGGCCUGAUCCUCCUGGAGGCCGACUCUGUUGCCCCUGAGGAGGUGGUCUGGGGAGCACUUAGCAAGAUAGAUGUGUGUGCCGGGAGGGAGCACUACAUCUAUGGGGAGCCCAGGGAGCUCCUCACCAAAGUGUGGGUGCAGGAGGGCUACGUGGAGUACCGGCAGGUGCCCCACAGCGACCCCGCCCGCUACGAGUUCCUCUGGGGUCCCCGGGCCUACGCGGAGACCAGCAAGUGUCAGGUCCUGGAGCAUCUGCACAGGGUCAGUGAAUGGGAUCCCAGGUCCUUCCCAUCCCUGUCUGCAGAGGGUGUGAGCGACGAGGAACAGGGAGCCUGA